CAGGUGGGUGCUGGACGUCUCGAGGGCCAUGAGAUUGGUGACGCAGUCGUUGUUCCCGCCUUUCAGGAUCAUGACCCAGCCAGUGGCAGAGAACACUGCCACGCAGCGCCGCCUCAUGGCUGGCUACCUCGUCCACCACGAGGACGCGUCCCUCGCCUCCGUGCUCUACUGCGAGCUGCGCGCGCACUGCCAGGAGACCGCCAGCUUGGUCUUCUACGAGAACGAGCUCUGCAAGGGGCCCGUGAUGGAGAUAUGUAUCACGGAGCACUCCAUCUGCUGCGAGAAGGUCGGCGUGAAUUGCAGUUGCUUCUGCAUCGAGGACCUUCCCGCCAGCGCACAGCGCCUCCGAGCCCCCGGCAGCGGCGGGAGGCAUCGGGGGCGAAUCGUGGCCUGGGCAGUGGGCCAGCGCUCGAAGACCCAUGAGAAUCGCGCGAUGGGUGGCACAACGUUGUGAUUGCUC